AUGUCUAACCUAAAUGAAAAUAAUAGAAAAUUGGUUAAAACCAAAUAAAGAUGGGUAUUAAUUAAAAUGUAUAAUUAGGAAACUUUAACAUAGAAUAUUACAAAAAAUAAAAACAAAGAAAGUAAUUAAAUAGGUUUGAAACAUUAAAUUGUCAAAUCAAAUUAAAAGAAUAAAUAAGUUAUUGCUUUUGAGAAGCGAAUUUAAUUGCCAUCAAGAACAAUCAAUUAGUAUUUAAAAAUAUCAAAAACAAAAAUAUGCUCAAAUUUAAAAUUGCAAGAUUCUAAAGGAUUUGUUAGAGAGUUCAGAUGCUAUGAUGAUAAAUCAUUAAACAUUCCUAAUUAUUUUAAUUAAACUAUUGCACAUGUAAAAUAUUAUUUUUACUUUUAGUCUUUAGAUAAUGAUUGCUAAUCAGAUGAUGAGCAAGUUUAAUUAGCAGUGGAUAAGCUUAAAUAUUUACUUGAAACUUAGUUAAAUUAAUAUCAAAAGUCUUUUUGA